AUGGCGACCGUCUCGUGCCCGCGCGAGUGUCCGUCGGUGCCCACGCUGCUCGCGGACUGCGGUGGCACCUCGUCCGCCUCCCCCUCCACGCUCUUCCUGGCCUCUUCGGCGCGUCGGCGGCGGCGUCUGCGGCCCGAGAGCGACGCGGAAAGCUGCUCCCAAGUGUCCGAGGUGGAGACUUCGACGCUUUCCGGCCUCAAUAUCCAGGCUGUGGAGCUACAAAACUCCACGCUGACAGAGCUGUACGUAAGCUCUACAACCGCGAACCUCACGGACAAUAGCGUCGCCGACGCGAGCGCUCUGCUGCUCCCAGAGACGCUGCGGCAGCUGUACCUAGGCGAGAACCAGUUGACGACCCUCGAGAUCCCCGAGAGCUGGGGGCAGCUCGAGCUACUAGAUGUGUCCGACAAUCCCAUAGCCAAUAUUUCGGCGGCGGGGAAGGACGGACCGAGGAUCCUCAUCGCGAGGAACACCAGUCUGAAGUCCCUGGACAAGGCGGCGUUCCCGGACUCAGUACGGCAACUGGACUUGUCGUUGACGACGAUUGGAAACUGGGGCAACUUUACACCGCCCACGGAUUUGUCCAAGCUAGAUCUAUCAGGAAACAAUAUUACUACUAUACAGGGUGUCCGCUUUCCGCGCAAUCUCCAAACUCUGCUACUGAACGGGAGCAGCGUGACAAAGUUUGAGGUGUGCAAGUCCGAUGUGGAAGUUCUGGAGCGGCUUGAAACCUUCAACGUCACAGCAAUUACGCUUCCGGAGGAUGCAUGCUCCGAUGCAGCCACACCAAAGACAGUGACAAUUGCGAACGAGACGUACACCCUGUGCGUACUAACAGACACAGCUUUCGACGAGAAAUACCACCACAAAAAGGCGUCGUCGUCGAUGUCUCUCACGACAUUGUCACUGCUGUUGUUUUCGCUAGCGUCGGCAGUGUUCGUACUGUUGAUGCUCUUCGUUAUCAAGCGCAAAGUUAUCGACGAGCGUCGGACGAAGGCAGCACGCGCCGAGAAACUGAAGGCUGAUCGAGCUGCAAACGACGGCAGCAGCGAUGACGACAGUGAUAAACUGAUGAAGAGCUCGGCGAUUCUCACAGACGAUGUACGCAGCGACCCGGACUUCGAGCGAUACCGCAUAGCUCAAAGCGACCUCGAGUUUGUGAAGCAACUGUCCAAGGGAGCUGGUGGUGUCGUGAAUCUGGCAAUGUGGAGGUCUAGGAAGGAGAAAAUUGUGAUGAAGCAGGUGGCGCCCGAGAAGGCGAAAAGCGUGCGCGAGCUUCAGCGCUUUACGCGAGAAAUCCGCCUGUAUGCCAGUCUGAACCACCCCAAGAUCGUCGCGUUCCGUGGCAUUUCCUGGUCGUCACUAGCAGAUCUGUCGCUUGUGAUCGAGUACAUGCCCAAUGGGGACUUGGCCCAGUUCCUGGAGAGACAACGGAUGCUCGACAGCCAGCGUCGAGGCUGGAACUGGACUACCGAGGAAGACUCGGGCUUCGCGCACAGCAAGCUGACCGUGGCGUUGGACAUUGCAGACGCCUUGGUGUACCUUCACUCGUUUGCAGAACCCAUCAUGCACCGCGACUUGAAGGCGCAGAACGUGCUGCUGAGCAACAAGUGGGUGGCCAAGAUCAGCGACUUCGGAGUCAGCAAGCGGCGGAAGCAGAGAGACGACAAGCGAGGGGUGUCCUCUGGCGGCCCGCAAACGGCAGAGGUCGGUACUGCAGCGUGGAUCGCGCCCGAGGUGAUCAAAGGCGCGCGCUACGACCAGAAGGCGGACAUUUACUCGUUUGGCAUCGUCAUGUGCGAGCUGGACACGUGCACCAAACCGUACACUUUGGGCGUUGCCAGCUCGCUCUCCGCCUCGGGGAUGACUUCGUUUGUGUCCUCUUCGAGUGCCACAGACGAGGAGCUCAAGAGUUUGUUGUCGUCCAACGCAGCGCUAGCAUUGGCGGUGAGCGAGAAGGGAGUGACUCCUGCCUUCCACUCGGACUGUCCGCGAGCGAUCCUGGACCUGGCGAGAAUGUGCCUGAGCUACGACCCCGAAGACCGACCAACGGCGAAGGAGUUGUGGCGUCUAUUGCAAGACUUGGCAGCUCCUGGUGCUUUGCUCGUUUCGUCACGCAAGGCUACGCUGACCGAAUCGAUUCGGCACGUGAGUACGAGCGCGUGA